UAAAGUGUAAAUUGCUCAACUUAAAGUUAAGCACUGACACAAAAACACAAUAAUAUGAAUGAAUGAAUACCUUGCAUAAUAGAAUUGCAUUCCAGUUUAUAUUCACAGGAUUGUCAUCAGGUAAUUCACUGAAUUGCCCUUGCAGAGAUCCGGGAUCCAUGUAGAGAUCCGUAUGGUCAGGGGCAGUACAGGCCACGAGGGCAGAGCAGCUGUACAGGUUGGCUCCAGGUGACACACUAAGCAGGCCAUGGAGGCCUGCCGUCAUCUAGGCCCUGGUUAUAUCCUGCAUGCAAACACAAUAACAAAGGACUGCUGCAUAAAUCAGCAUUUUCAUUCCUGAAUUUAGAUUUGUAAAAACACAACAAAUACUCAUACUAUGAUUUUGUAGAUGCAAACGUGUAUAGUAUAUCAUGGAUCUGUACUCCACUCAUACAUGACAGACAUCUAAACAAAAUCUAUCUGAUUUAAUCUACCAUUAUUAUCAGACUGCUUGUGCACUCUCAUUAUUAUGAGAGAUAAGGUCAACAGAUUACUCAUUGUUCUGUGUCAUUAGCAUCGUCCUCUUUGUUAAUAAAAAACCUUGGUACUGGGACAGCGGCAACGUGACUGAGAUGGUGAUGAGUGGGGUGAAGUGUCGUGGAGACGAGAUGACUCUAACUGAGUGUCAGCGUCAUAGUGUUAGCCGUAAGAGGGCAGGAGCUGCAUUUGCUGCUGGAGUUAUCUGCACAGACACGGCAUCAGACUUGGUCCUGAAUGCCCUCUGGUGGAGUACAGUGUCUACAUAGAAGAUCGGCCGCUGCAUUUUCUCUACUGUGCAGCAGAGGAAAACUGUUUAUCUAAAUCUGCAGCCAACGCCAACUGACUGUACGGACAGAGGCGUCAACUUCGCUUCUCCUUGGAGAUCCACAACGUGGGCCAGGCCGACUUCCGUCCCCGUUUGAGCCGUAAUUCCUGGGUGUUUCACGAAUGCCACAGUCCUUCGCCAUGGUGACAGCAGAAUGGGUGGGUGUGGCCGACUCCGCCCAGCCGAUGAGCCCGAGCCAGGGUCGUGUUGCCGUGGUGAUCAGGCCGCAGCUCACACAGUGGAUGUUAAAGCACAUCGCCGACAAAUCCGACUUCUUCAAGCUGGUCGAGCUCGAGAUCCAAGAGCUGCUCAGCAAGUUCGGCUACGACGGAGACAACACACCCGUCAUCUGUGGCUCCGCCCUCUGCGCCCUGGAGGUACUGACGAAGAGAGACUGGGGACGUGGAGAGAGUGUGUGAUCCUGUAACACUCAGAGCUCAGUGUGUGUGUGUGUGUGUGUGUGUGUGUGUGGAACCGGCAGCCUGAGCUGGGAGGGAGCAGUCUUGGAGGUGGUGGAUGAGUACAUCCCUCUACCCAGGAGAGAUCUGGAUAGACCCCUCCUGCUGCCCAUUGAGGGAGUCUACUCCAUACCAGGAACGAUGGAACAGACUCACCUGCAGAUGCUGGAGAUAUUAUAGUGAUGCACAACAGCUUUCACAGCAAGAUCAUCAAAGUUCAAGUGAGUGUUCAUGCAUGGUGUGACAUACUGAUUUAUGCAGCACUAGAAUCUUAUGUGAAUCUGACUACUGACAUAUUGUAUGAUUGCUCCUUUUGUAGGGGGGUUUUCCCUCAAAGUUUCCUGCAUGUUAAUAAUCAGGAAUUAACAGUACACUGACAUUUAUGUCUUUAAAACCUACAUACACAAACAUUUCGUACUGUUCAUAAAUUGUCUGUCUAUGGCAUGUAGGUUCAGAAAAAGCCAGAGAAACUUGAAGAUCUUCUGAGUGAAUCGACAGAAAGCAAAGGCCUGUGGGACUCGAUUCCGAGGUACAUCAAACAUAUAUAGAGUUUGCAUGUGUAUGGUCAAGAUGAGUUUAUUGUGUAUUUGGCAAUUUCACCCAGUGGAGUGAAGGUUGCAUUUGACUUGAUAUAGUUUUAUAGGCAGUCUUGACUAGAGACAUGAAUGAGAGAAAGCUUUUUAAUGUGUUUAUAUUUCUGUGCACUGAUGGUGGGUUUUUGAGAGGUUUAUUUUUGUAUUUAUUUUUUAUUUCUGCCGAAGUGUGCGUCAGAGACAUUUUCCACUGUAAUAUGCCAAAGUGUAUGCGUGUGUGUGCGCACAUGUAUGUGUUCACGUGUUCAUUUCAA